AUGCAGAAAAGCGUGCGCUACAACGAGGGGCACGCCCUGUACCUGGCCUUCCUGGCCCGCAAGGAGGGCACCAAGCGCGGCUUCCUGAGCAAGAAGGCAGCCGAAGCGAGCCGCUGGCACGAGAAGUGGUUCGCCCUCUACCAGAAUGUGCUCUUCUACUUCGAGGGCGAGCAGAGCGGCCGCCCGGCGGGCAUGUACCUCCUGGAGGGCUGCAGCUGCGAGCGGGCGCCCGCGCCGCCCAGGGCCGGUGCCGGACCAGGCGGCGCCCGGGACGCGCUGGACAAGCAGUAUUACUUUACUGUCCUUUUUGGCCACGAAGGUCAGAAACCACUGGAGCUGCGCUGUGAGGAGCAGCAGGAUGGUAAAGAGUGGAUGGAGGCCAUUCACCAAGCCAGUUAUGCAGACAUUUUGAUUGAGAGGGAAGUGUUAAUGCAGAAGUACAUUCAUCUAGUUCAGAUCGUAGAGACAGAAAAAAUUGCAGCUAACCAACUGCGGCAUCAACUCGAAGAUCAAGAUACCGAAAUCGAAAGGCUUAAAUCAGAGAUUAUCGCUCUUAAUAAAACCAAGGAACGAAUGCGGCCUUACCAAAGCAAUCAAGAAGACGAUGAUCCAGACAUCAAAAAGAUUAAAAAGGUUCAGAGCUUCAUGCGAGGAUGGUUGUGUAGAAGGAAAUGGAAGACCAUUGUGCAGGAUUACAUCUGUUCUCCUCAUGCUGAAAGUAUGAGGAAGAGAAACCAGAUUGUGUUCACCAUGGUCGAGGCUGAGUCGGAGUAUGUUCACCAGCUCUACAUCCUGGUCAACUGCUUCCUCCGGCCCCUGCGAAUGGCCGCCAGCUCCAAGAAGCCCCCCAUCAGCCACGACGACGUCAGUAGUAUUUUCCUUAACAGUGAAACAAUCAUGUUUCUUCAUGAAAUAUUUCAUCAAGGACUGAAGGCAAGGUUAGCAAACUGGCCUACUUUAAUUUUAGCUGAUCUGUUUGAUAUUUUGCUCCCCAUGCUGAACAUUUAUCAAGAAUUUGUACGUAACCACCAGUACAGCCUCCAAGUGCUUGCCAAUUGUAAGCAAAACAGAGAUUUUGACAAACUCUUAAAACAGUAUGAAGCCAACCCUGCCUGUGAAGGGAGGAUGCUGGAAACGUUCUUGACCUACCCGAUGUUUCAGAUCCCCAGGUAUAUCAUCACAAUUCAUGAACUGCUCGCUCAUACACCCCAUGAGCAUGUGGAGAGGAAGAGUCUGGAAUUUGCAAAAUCAAAACUGGAGGACCUGUCCAGGAUAAUGCACGAUGAAGUGAGUGACACUGAAAACAUAAGGAAGAACCUUGCCAUAGAAAGAAUGAUCGUGGAGGGCUGUGACAUUUUGCUGGACACCAGCCAAACUUUCAUCCGCCAAGGUUCUCUUAUUCAAGUACCUUCCGUUGAGAAGGGGAAACUUAGUAAAGUUCGCCUGGGUUCAUUGUCUUUGAAAAAGGAAGGAGAAAGACAAUGCUUCUUAUUUACAAAACACUUUUUAAUUUGCACAAGAAGUUCAGGAGGAAAGCUGCAUCUGCUCAAGACAGGUGGAGUUCUCUCUCUAAUAGAAUGUACCUUGAUUGAGGAGUCAGAUGCAAGCGAUGAUGACUCCAAAGGUUCUGGGCAAGUGUUUGGACACCUGGAUUUUAAGAUAGUGGUGGAGCCUCCUGGUGCCGCCCCUUUCACUGUAGUCUUGCUAGCACCUUCACGCCAGGAGAAAGCUGCCUGGAUGAGUGACAUUAGUCAGUGUGUGGACAAUAUACGGUGUAAUGGUUUAAUGACUAUAGUGUUUGAAGAGAAUUCCAAAGUCACUGUGCCACAUAUGAUUAAGUCUGAUGCCCGUCUUCAUAAAGAUGACAUUGACAUUUGCUUCAGUAAAACACUCAACUCCUGCAAAGUGCCCCAGAUCCGUUACGCCAGCGUGGAGCGCCUCUUGGAGCGGCUGACGGACUUGCGGUUUCUCAGUAUCGAUUUCCUCAACACCUUUCUGCACACCUAUCGUAUUUUCACAACGGCAGCCCAGGUGCUGGCGAAGCUUUCCGACAUAUACAAGAGGCCUUUUACCUCCAUCCCCGUCAGGUCACUGGAAUUGUUUUUCGCCACCAGCCAGAACAGCAGAGGUGAACAUCUGGUUGACGGCAAAUCUCCACGCCUGUGUCGCAAAUUCUCUUCCCCACCACCCCGAGCCGUGUCCAGAACAUCCUCCCCAGUGAGGGUCAGAAAACUGUCCUUGACUUCUCCCUUGAAUUUAAGGAUAGGAGCCUUGGACCUGACCACCACCUCGGCGUCCAGCAGUCCCACCACCACCCACAGCCCCGCUGCGUCCCCACCGCCGCACACUGGUAAAGUACCUUUGGAUCUUAGCAGAAGCCUCUCUUCUCCAGAGCAAAGCCCGGGAUCUGUAGAAGAGUGUGUAGAUAACCCCCGCGUGGAUCUGUGUAACAAGCUCAAACGAAGUAUUCAAAGAGCAGUCCUAGAGUCUGCCCCCGUGGAGCGAGCAGCAGUGCAGAGCUCCCCUGCGGUGGAUGCCACGGAACUUUCACCUGGCAGGUCGCCCUCAACGCCUCGGCACCUGCGCUAUCGCCAGCCUGGAGGACAGAUGGCUGACAGCUCCCACUGCUCUGUUUCGCCUGCUUCUGCCUUUGCAAUUGCCACAGCUGCAGCAGGACACGGGAGUCCUCCGGGAUUUAACAACACCGACAGAAUAUGUGACAAAGAGUUUAUUAUCCGUAGAACAGCCACCAAUCGAGUACUGAAUGUCCUCCGUCACUGGGUCUCAAAGCACGCACAGGAUUUCGAACUCAACAAUGAACUAAAGAUGAACGUCCUAAAUUUGCUAGAAGAAGUUUUGCGAGACCCAGACCUUCUUCCCCAAGAAAGGAAAGCUGCAGCCAAUAUCCUGAGAGCUCUUUCACAAGAUGAUCAAGAUGACAUUCACCUAAAAUUAGAGGAUAUAAUUCAACUGACGGACUGUCCGAAGGCCGAGUGCUUUGAGACCUUGCCAGCCAUGGAGCUGGCUGAGCAGAUCACCCUCCUGGACCACAUUGUUUUCAGAAGCAUUCCCUACGAAGAGUUUCUUGGGCAGGGUUGGAUGAAGCUGGAUAAAAAUGAAAGAACACCUUACAUUAUGAAAACCAGCAAGCACUUUAAUGAUAUGAGUAACCUGGUGGCCUCCCAGAUCAUGAAUUACGCAGAUAUCAGCUCUCGUGCCAACGCAAUUGAGAAAUGGGUGGCGGUGGCAGACAUUUGCCGAUGCCUGCACAACUACAACGGCAUGCUGGAGAUCACCUCGGCCUUAAACAGGACCGCCAUCUACCGGCUGAAGAAAACCUGGGCCAAGGUGUCCAAGCAGACAAAAGCUCUAAUGGACAAACUUCAGAAGACUGUUUCAUCUGAAGGAAGAUUUAAAAAUCUCAGAGAAACCCUUAAAAAUUGUAACCCCCCAGCCGUUCCUUAUCUGGGGAUGUACCUGACAGACCUGGCAUUUAUUGAAGAAGGAACACCAAACUUUACUGAGGAAGGCCUUGUCAAUUUCUCCAAAAUGAGAAUGAUAUCACACAUCGUCAGAGAGAUACGCCAGUUCCAGCAGACAUCCUAUCGAAUAGACCAUCAGCCAAAGGUCACUCAGUACUUGCUUGACAAAGCCCUCAUCAUAGAUGAAGAUACACUGUAUGAGCUGUCACUAAAAAUUGAACCUCGGCUCCCUGCUUGAAGAUUUGGCCUUGCCCUGGGCCUGGGGAAUUUUCAUGGAAGGGGGGACAGACAGAACUGUGCAUGCCAUGCCUCCCACAGUACCGUGAGGACGGGGGAUGGAGACCAAAACAGGUCUCCUUUGUCCAUGGAAGAAGGAACGUAACUGGAUUCUGCCUCCAGUGAGGGAAGCCCAGCUGUUUGGGGUCAAAGACAGAUGCUUCAGACCUGGGUGGGAAGGUGAAAAGAAUGAUAUUUGGUAAAGUUGGUGGCACAUUCUGCAGAAAGAGAAUGUACGAUGGGAGAUGUGGUAGCCAUUUUAAUGACACAGAAAGGCAGUUAUGACAGGCCACUGGAUGAGGCUUCCCAGCGCCGAGUCCCAGACCCCAUUCUACAUCCACAGCUGGGAAACCUCAGGCCGUGCUGAAACCUCUCUGAGCCUGUUUUCUCGCCUACAAGUGAAGUAAAUAGUAAUUUAUGUGCUGCCUACCUCACAGGGCUGUCAUGAGGACAAAAUGGGUUAGUCUGUAAACUGUAAAGUGCUGUCCAAAUGUGAGGUCACAUGAUUACCAUCCUCAUCUCUCUCUUGCAGAAGAUUUAAAUGUAUUUCUGUGUGUGUGUGUGUGUGUGUGUGUGUGUGUGU